AUGGAUGGCAGACAAGUAUUUUGUUACGGGUGCUUGGGGGCAGGCCUUGAGAGGAGGAAGGUGAUGAGUGGUCUGUGGAGAAGUGGUGUGACAGAUGCAGUAGUGUAUCAGAUUGCAGAAGAGAAUAACGACUUUAACAACCUUGAAGAUGUGGGAAGAUGGAGGAAUACGACGUGCAUUGUUUGCAUUUCGGAAGUGAGGUUCUGUUCUUGGUAUCAAGAACCUUACAAGUGGUAUCAGCAGUCGGCGAUCCUUGGACAAGGCGUUCUGAUGGCAGAGGGUACGCGUGCAGCGUUGAAAGGUCUCCAAGAAACAACUCACAAGCAACAAGAUCUGGUUCAGAAGCAAUUGGAAGGUCAUCAGCAGGCAAUUGCUGGUAUAACAGAGAGGUUAGAUCACUUUGCGAAUAUUUUGAGUUCCUUGGUUGAAUCUAUAAAUGUUAAUCCCUUUAGAGAUCGUGAGGUAUCUACUGAGCCUAGAAAUCAUGAGGAGCGGACUGUGUUUCAAAGAAGUGUUAGGUUGGACUUUCCACAAUUCAGUGGAAAUGAUCCUUUGGGUUGGAUUUUUAAAGCAAAUCAAUACUUUGAUUGCUUUCAAAUACCUUUCCAUCAAAAGUUGAUGGUAGCCUCGCACCAUAUGCAAGGAGAUGCAUUGGUGUGGUAUCAAAAUGCAUUGGACUCAGGGCAGUUUAAUUCAUGGGAAUCAUUGGUGGUGGCCUUGCAAGGGAGAUUUGGACCAUCAAUGUUUGAUGACCCAAUGGAGGCUUUGACUAGGCUCAAGCAAACUACUUCAAUUAGUUUGUACACUUCACAAUUUGAAGCCUUGGCAAAUAGGCUCAAAGGUUUAUCUGAAAGACAUAAGAUGAGCUGUUUUAUUAGUGGGUUGAAGGAUGAGAUUCGUAUACCUGUGAAGAUGUUCAAUCCAUUAAAUCUUGGAGCUGCCUUUGGUUUAGCUAAAUUGCAGGAGGAGUAUGUGUUGUCUUCAAGGAAGUCUUGGAGGCAAACUAGUCAUUUUGCUGAUAAGUGGCCAGUUUACAAUGAAAGGCCUGUAGAUUCGUCGAGUAGAGGCCAGAAGGGUUUGUUUCCAUUAAAAAAAGUCAGUCCUGAGGAGAUGGAUGAAAAGAGAAAAAAAGGGCUAUGUUUCCAUUGUUCUGAGAAAUGGAAUCAUAAUCAUGUGUGUAAGAGUUCUCGGGUGUAUUUUUUACAUGGUGAUCCUUGUGAGAGUCAAGAAGUCAUUGAGAGUGUAGAGGAACUUGAGGCACAGUUACUGCCUGAACAGCAAAAUGUGUUGAAAGAAGGGUCAGAAGAACUUGAAGUUUCCAUUCAUGCCAUUUCUGGUUGUAUUAACAGUAAUGCCAUGAAGUUGUUGGGCAAAAUUGGUUCAUAUUCUUGUGAAAUUCUUGUGGAUUCAGGAAGUACACACAAUUUCUUGGAUCCAUUGGUAGUUAAAGCAGCAAAGUUAAAAGUGAUGGAAGAUAGAAAUCUUCAAGUUAAGGUAGCUAAUGGUACUAAAAUUGUUACUCAAGGAAGAUGUGAGGAAACAAUAAGGGUACAGGGGACUAAAUUUUUGGUUCCUUUUCAUGUAUUGACAUUGGGGGGUUGUGACAUAGUGCUGGGGGUCCAAUGGCUUCGAACCUUGGGUUCUAUUCAAUGGGAUUUUAAUAAUAUGUCCAUGCAGUUUGAAGUUGCUGGUAAGAAAUUACUUCUACAAGGGCUGCUGUCUGAAAAAGUCCAAGUAGAACCUGCAGUAAAAAUGUUGAAGUCUUCCUUUGUGAGACAAGAGGGAUGGUUGUUACAAUUGGUAGCCAUUGAUGAAAAACAAGCUAAAGCUGAAGUUUUACCAGAAGUUGAGGAAGUGUUGCAACAGUUUCAAACUGUUUUUGAGGAACCAAUUGGUUUACCUCCUAAUCGAGCUUGUGACCACCAGAUUGUAUUAAAGGAAGGCACUACUCCAGUUUCAGUAAGACCAUAUAGGUAUGCUCAUUACCAAAAGACUGAAAUUGAGAAGAUUGUGCAGGAUUUAUUGAGUAAUGGAGUGAUUCGACCAAGCCAAAUCCCUUUCUCAUCACCUGUCCUUUUGGUUAAAAAGGCUGAUGGUGUGAUGACCCGUUUUUGA